GGAGGGGAUCCGCAGUUGUCUAUGAACGUGGUUCUGAUUUCAGCCAGUGUGAGUCUACCUACCGGCUUUUUCGUGCCUCCACUCCGGCAUCACCUCCGCCUCUUGUCAGCUAGUUCAACCAUGAAGAUCUGGGUAUCAGAGCACAUAUUCAACCAUCCUUGGGAGACGGUGACCAAGGCUGCCAUGCAGAAAUAUCCCAACCCCAUGAACCCCAGUGUGAUCGGAGUGGAUGUUUUGGACAGAGGCAUCGACCAACAGGGACGCCUCCACAGUAAAAGACUGCUCAGCACAGAGUGGGGUCUUCCAUCCAUAGUGAAAUCUAUUAUUGGUAACUCACGAACAUACACGUAUGUUCAGGAGCAGUCUGUUGUGGAUCCCAUAGAGAAGUCUUUUGAACUUCAGUCCUCAAAUAUCACUUUCACAAACUUGGUGUCUGUGGAUGAAAAGUUAACAUAUAAACCACACCCUGAGGAUAAAAACAAAACAAUACUGACUCAGGAGGCGAUCAUAUCGGUGAAAGGAGUCAGUCUCAGCAGUUACUUGGAAGGAGUUCUGGCGACCACCAUCUCUGCUAACGCUGGAAAGGGCCGUGAAGCCAUGGAGUUGGUAAUCAGGCGACUGAAUGCAGAGAUCGAGGAGCUGGCAGCCACCGCACGAGGGACCAUACGGACCCCGAUGGCUGCUGCAGUCACUGAGAAAUGACACCUGCCUCUCUUAUCCAGCAGAAUCAGAGAGACACUGCACGCCAGUAAAAAACCAGCCUCCCUUUAUGGUGCUCAGGUGCUGUCAUGGUGCUCUGGAGUUUUUGUAUUAUUUUAGGGUACAAUUCAUCCAUCUCAUACUUUUUACUAUCUACAUUAGAUAUAUUUUUAAUAGCAGACUGCAACAUAAAGGGAUUCUGUGGAGUGUGUUGAGGGGACGCUGCCUGGCAGGACCGCGGUGAAGAGAGACUCGAGGACAUGUUUAAACACCACUGUUAUCUGUGGGUUUGGAAACAUGUUGCAAAGACGUAUCCAAGGCACUGCAUGAACUGAAAACACAAGAAAAGUGCCAAACCAGCAGGCGCACAGCUUUUUUUUUUUGUCCAACAACUUUGGCAGCUGUUUUUUAUCCAGCAAAAGUUUCCUUCGGUAUGACGGUGACUCUCUAUUUGAACAACGUGACAACGUUCUAAGAAAAAAAUGGUUACGGUGAGAUGUGUAAAACUGAAUUUGAGGAAUACUCUUGUCAAGACACGAUGGCAGAAAACAAUGCCUUGUUGAGGCAGGAGUCGAGUCCAUUGCAUGUCAAGGUUACGUGGAAGUGGUGUCAGGUGUCAGAGAGGGAGGUUUGGCCACGCGACCAUCGACGGUGUGACGUCAAUGAAAUGUUUCACCAUCAGGUUUAUUUCUGUUUGAGCGUUUUCUUGCGGGACCUCCAUUAAAUACAAGACACUGCACCAGGCGACGUAUGUAAGCCUGAAAUAUAAACUGUAUUUUGUUAUUAUGUGAUAACUUAUAUUGUUAUAAAGGUAUUUAAGUGAAAUUUAAGGGAUCAAAGUAUUUGCCAUAUUUAUGUUUUUGAAGUCAUGUAGAAGACUUUUUCAAACGCUGCUUUAGUAUAACUUUUGAUAAGAUUCAGUCUGUCUGCAGACUAAACACAACAGUUUAAAAACUUUAAGUUAUAGUUUUACUGUACCUGAACAUGUUUGCUAAACUCAAACUGUUUUUAGCAAUGCGCACAAGACUACUGUUCCUUAGUUAUACCACUCGGCAUGUCCUUUCAGUAUUAAGGCUACGACCUUUGCAUUGACUUGCACUUUAACAAAGAAAAGCUGCUACACUUGCUGAGAAUCUGUGAAUGGUAUCACUGUUUGAGAGACAAUUUGCAUUUCAGUAGGUCUUUCUUUAUAUAAGAGACAGCAGUGUGGUGAUCGUGAAAGAUUUAGUUUCUUUAUUAUAUAUAAAUAUAUUUUUUUACCUGUAGUAGGAAUAUUUAUUUAGAUAAACAGUUGGUUUUGAAGCAAUGAGUUGCAACUUGGGUUGAACAUUGAGAAAUGUGAUAUUGCAUGCUUAGUUAGAAAUUGUAAUUUUCUGUAAUGUCUUUGGUGACUGAAAAGAAAUGGUGUCACCAACUGCAGAAUGUGGCAAUAAAAUAAAAAUAAUUUAACCUGUUCAUUAAAAGAUCUGUCAGUAAUUCUUCAAAUGAGGUCUUAAAAUAAAAAAAGGCCAGGAUACUGUUAACCUGAACAUUAGUAGAGUUAGAAUUAAAUAUAAGUUAUCCAAUAAUUGACAUGGAUGUUUAUCAAAAUUCAUUGUUAAUUUCAAGUAGCAAUAUGGCCUAUGUGAAAACAUGUCCAGUGCAUAUGAUUCUGCCAGAUUGAUUGUCUUUAGGAAGCUCACUCAAGAGAAAUUAAUAAAUGCAUUAAAAAAGUAA